CUUCCAGGGGCUCCAGGGGCUCCAGGGACGCUGGGGGCUCCAGGGACUUUGGGGGCUCCAGGGCUUCCAGGGGCUCCAGGGGCUCCAGGGACGCUGGGGGCUCCAGGGACUUUGGGGGCUCCAGGGCUUCCAGGGGCUCCAGGGGCUCCACUUCCAGGGGCUCCAGGGGCUCCAGGGACGCUGGGGGCUCCAGGGACUUUGGGGGCUCCAGGGCUUCCAGGGGCUCCAGGGGCUCCAGGGACGCUGGGGGCUCCAGGGACUUUGGGGGCUCCAGGGCUUCCAGGGGCUCCAGGGGCUCCAGGGACGCUGGGGGCUCCAGGGACUUUGGGGGCUCCAGGGUCUCUGACCUUUGAGGUCUCCAGGACUUUUGAAGUCUCCAUCAGCUUCAGGAUCUCUGUAGCCUUUGGGGUCUCCAGGGCUUCUGAGAUCUCCAAGACCUUUGAGGGCCCCAUCAGCUUCAGGGUCUCUGUGGCCUUUGGGGUCUCCAGGGCUUCUGAGAUCUCCAGGAUCUUUGAGGGCUCCAUCAGCUGCAGGAUCUGUCUCCUGCCCAAGCAUUGUGCCUCCACGGUCAGCAAGGCCCGCAGCAAGAAGACCCAGAAGCCACCAACCAAGAAAGGAGAACCUGAGAGGGACAAGCCAGGAGCUGAGAGCCAGAGGAGGGACAGGACCUUCACCACCAACAUGGACAAGCUGCACCUGAUGUUGGCCGAGUUGUCCCUCAGCUUCAACCACGUGCCCAGCUUUGAGGUCUUCCAGCACACGGUGACACCAGCUGAGUACCUGAGCAGCCACCUGGAGACACGGCUGGCCAAAGCCAUCGUGGCCAUGGCUGGUUACACCCAAGCCACCCAGGAGGUGGCCCGUCCUUCCGAGGUGCUGGUGGGGCUCCACUCCUACAUCACCUUCAUCCAAUCACUGGGCCAACUGGUGGGACUGGACACGGGCCGUGUCCUCCGGAGCGUCCUCCUGCAGCAGACCCAGCCCCGCGACGCCUCGGGCCACCAGACCCUCACCACCAUCUACACCAACUGGUGGGUGCCCUGUGGGGACCCCGGGGAGGUGACAAUGAUGAUGAUGAUGGUGGUGGCCCUUGGGUGUCCCCAGGUCACCUUGAGCAUCUUCGAGGUGGCAUCAGCCGCCGGGAUCCCCUGCGAGGUCGACCCAGCUCUGGUCUCUGUCCUGGCUGGGAACAAGACAG